AUGGAUGGUGGCUCGCAAGUCCUGGAGGAAGAAGCUAUCGACGAGGCCAUCUUAAGACUAGCAGCCUUAAAGUCAAGAAGAUCGACGUUGCGUCGCCAGAUCACGAUGACCAACAGACAGAUCGAGUCUUUGAUCAGUGUAAGGGGUUCAAGAAGAGCCUUGCGCGGAUGUCUACGCCACGUUGAAGAGUUGCUGCUGGAGAGUACACGGUUGCAUUCCGAGAUAUUAUCGAUCGAAGACAACGACGCGGAGGCCGAAAGACAAGAUUCUAAUCAUUUAGGCUAUAUCACGCGUUCGAGUGAUCUGGCCAUUGCUGCGCAAGUCUAUUUGAACAGUCGAGAUGGAGACGCCGAGUCGGUCAUCGGACAAAACAUCAUCCCGAACCCAGCGCCUGUAAUCCCAGCGCCUGUAAUCCCAGCGCCUGUAAUCCCAGCGCCUGUAAUCGACCCAGUGGAAGCACAGGGAAGAGAACGUGCUCGUCAGGAAGAGGUUGCCAACGCAUUGAUGAGAGCAGAACAAGCUCGUGAACGAAUGGAUAGGGCUUGGGAGGAAGCGGAUGAGGCUCAAAAUGCUCUCAGGUCUCUGGGAAUAGAGAAUCCAAGAAGGAAUCAGCUGCCCGAAGAGGACCGGUUUACGUCAGUUAGUCAACACCCUAUUACUCCAGCCGAAGAUGGAUCGGAGCAGCAACGCCGACUGAACAUCAACAACAAUCAAGAGAAUCCUGACACCUGGAUCGACCUAUACAGUGCGGGCCUGCUUCCACCCGUCGUUGCCACUCAUAGCACGCGUUCAUCAGUGUCGGCCGAGCUAGAGUCUUUCGAAGGAAAGGCACUCGAAUGGUUCUCUUGGAUUGAUCUAUUCAGAGCACUAGUACAUGACACUCCUAAGUCAGCUGGUGAGAAGUUGGCGCUUUUGAAGAGAUACUUACGCGGGGACUGUUUGGAUUUAGUCUACGGUCUAGGAGGUGGUGAACCAGCGUACAUUGAAGCUCUUGUGCGUCUGAAGCAGACUUUCGGAAGACGUGACGUCAUGAGAGCAGCCCAUCAUCAAGCCAUCGGGAAACUCGAACCAAAGCAGGACCCGGGAUCAUUCAAGCGAUUUGCGGAGAGGAUCCGCACUCAUCUAUUUGACCUCAGCAGGAUCGGGGAGACCGGCACAACGGAUCUGAUCGAGAAAAUUUGCCUGAAGCUUCAGUUGCACGAUCGAUUGGCCUGGAAUGAAGGGAGACGAGGACGGAUUGAAGAUCGGAGCCUGAAUGAUUUCGGUAUGUGGCUGUGUUCUCGCGCCUCCGCGUAUCAAAACGCGUUCAGCAUAGCAGCAGACCAGGUCAAUCCAAACUCGAGCAAGCUAUCCAAUCAGAAACGUCAAGCCCGGACAAAUCAAAGUUCGACCAAGUCAUUUGACGGGCAGAAAAAGGAGUCUAGUCGUUUUAACGGUAAACCGUUCUGUUUCAAAUGUGAGAAGGAGCAUCGAUUGGUUGAUUGUGAAGAUUUUAAAUCGCUUUCCGUCGGGGAACGUCUUACAUUUUGCAUGCGUCGACGUCUUUGCUUCUACUGCUUUUCAACCAAGCAUUCAGUUCGUGAGUGCGACAGACGGAAGAUAUGCAAGCAUGCCGGUUGCGGUUUUUAUCAUCAUCAGUUGCUGCAUAGUUCCACCAAGGAAGGUUCGCCGUCGGAAAAGGAGAGUGAAGAGAAAGCAAGACCUACGACAGCGAGGACUGGUGCCCCCCAACGCGUAGCCAUGGGUAUGCUGCGACUACCAGUAAUGGCUGAAGAUGGCAGUUGGGUUUUAGCCAACAUUUUUAUCGACGAAGGAAGCGACACGACUUUAAUGCGUAGUGCAUUCGCCAAGGUGCUGAAGCUUCGUGGGCCACCUCAGUUUCUAACCGUGGACGGAGCCGGUGGAGUAAUCACUCGUCAUCGUUCGAGUAGGAUCCAGUUUCGAGUUCAAGCUGCUGAUGGAGAUAUCCUGUCUCUGGAAGGAUCCACUAUGAAGAAGGUGGCUAGUCCAACACCGGUGACAGACUGGAAUAAAGAAAAGGUCCAAUGGCCUCACCUGGCGAGUCUCCCGCUCGGAGAGACAGGAGGAGGAGUUGACAUUUUAGUUGGAUUAGAUCAUGCCCAUCUAGUAGCGGUCAUUGAAUCAAGAGUCGGAUUGGAGAAAGAACCUAUUGCCUCCAAGACGGCGUUCGGGUGGAUCGUUCGAGGCGUUAUUGAAGGUCGAGUAAACGUUACAUCCGUUCGGAGCUGCAAGAUAUCCGGAAGCGCCUCGUUAGCCAAUCUCGCCACGGAAAUGCGUCGGUUUUGUGAUACUGAAGACUAUGGAACCGAACAUCAGAUUGGGUGUGUCUCACCUGAGAAUAAACGAGCUCUCGAGAUCGUCCAGGAGAAGACGAAACGAUUGGAGGUUGGUUACGAGGUACCAAUCAUCUGGCGUGAAGGAGAUCCCAACUUGGACAGCAAUCGUCCGAUGGCGGAGAAUAGAUUCCGGAGCUUGCUGAACCGUUUCAGACGUCAACCGGAGUUCGAGAGGGACUAUCGAGCGGCCGUUCAGAAAUACCUAGAUCAAGGUUAUGCAUCCCGUGUUCCAGAUCCGGCCAGCGCUCUAUACUUUCUAGCACAUCAUGGAGUAUAUAAAGGGACGAAACUACGAGUAGUUUACGACGCCGCCGCCGCCUUCAAAGGAAAAUGUCUGAACGACGCCAUCAUCAGUGGUCCCGCCUUGCAGCCAUCAUUGGCUGCGGUCAUCAUCCGUUUCCGUGAAGGAGAGAUUGCCUGGGCCUCAGAUAUUGAGGCCAUGUUCAGCCGUUUUCGUCUUUCUAGUGAAGAUCGUAACUACUUCUGCUUUUUAUGGCAGGAGAAGGACGCUGCCGAGCUAAUUGUUUGUCGAAUGGAUCGACUCCCAUUCGGAGUCAACUGUUCACCGUUUGUAGCUAUCUACACCGUCCGUCGCAUUUUAGAAGACGCCGGAGUGCCAGAAAGUGUGAUUCAAGCCGUCAAGGAAAGAAUGUACGUCGACGACUAUUUGGGUUCCGCUCCAUCAGUAAAGGAAGCAGUUGAAGAAGCCGUUACCGUCAAGGAUGCAUUGGCCAACUCGGACCUUAACCUCCAAAGCUGGUUUUCAAAUUCCAUUGACUUCCUGCGAGCAGUGUCAAGAACGGAGCCGGAACCUGAUUCAAUCUCUGCUCAUCCGCUCACGGGUGAGAACACAGAAAAGGUGCUCGGAAUCGUCUGGGAUCCAAAGGCUGAUCUGCUGGGAUUCAAGGUGGACAAAAUGCUCGAUUCUUCCUUUUCAAGAGUUGAUUUGGUCAGCAAAGUGGCCAGCGUCUUCGAUCCGUUGGGUACAGCAUCGCCCUUUAUCGUCAAGGCUAAGAUCCGUUUGAGAAUUUUGGGUCUCAAAGGGCUCGGAUGGACGGAUUUAAUUACUGGUGACGACGAAAUUUGGUGGAGAAAAUGGUUUCUCUCUUUAGAGCAGCUCAACACGAUGAAAAUGCCACGAUGUCUGUUUCCCGAUCGAGCCCAGAUCUCCACGGUUGAUAUUCACGCCUUUGGAGACGCUUCAGAAGAAGCCUAUGCUGCCGUUAUCUACCUUCGCGUUGUCUACUCAGAUGGCAGGAUACUGGUACGUCAAGUCAAGGCAGCGAAUAAGAUCGCCCCGAAGAAAACUAUUUCAGUGCCCAAGCUGGAAUUGAAUGCUGCGUUACUAGCUGCUCGUCUUCUCCGAACGGUUCAUUCCAUCCUCAAGCCAAUGAUUCAACGGCGUUUUCUCUGGACGGAUAGCAGUACGGUCCGGAAUUGGAUCCGGGCGACCGCAGCUUACUACCAAGUCUUCGUGAGCAAUCGCGUCGGAGAAAUUCAGACCAUCACGGAGCCAGAAGAGUGGCGUUUUAUUCCAGAAGUAUUAAACCCAGCCGAUCUCGCCACCCGCUCAUCGAUUGAUGAACAGCCAAUUCCGUCCAUGUGGUUGGACGGACCGGAAUUCUUAAUGCAAUCGGAAGAUAGCUGGCCAGUGGAUCUCCCAUGGAUGGCCGUAACUGAAGAAAUGCGCUCGAGCCGUUCAUAUUCUGCCGCCGUAAAGAAGGAUACUGGUCAUUGGAAGGAGAUUCAAAUAGGACCCGGCGACAUUCCAGCCCUAUCCAAGCUGGACGAGAAAUAUCAGGAGCUGGUCAAGGCGUGUCAGUCGAAGGUGUACGAAAAGGAGUUGCAUCGUCUCAAGAAGGGCAAACCGCUCCAUUCUACUUCGAGUCUGUUGGCCUUGGCUCCUGUGCUCGGUCCAGAUGGCGUGCUACGGCUUGGAGGACGGGCUGGACGCGCAAAACUACCAUACGACCAGUUACAUCCACCUCUGCUUCCCGGGAGUCAUCCAUUCACCGAGAAAAUCAUCAUCGCCUUUCAUGAACAUCUUAAGCAUCCGGAAGUCAUACAUUCCGACAAUGGAACCAACUUUGUCGGUGCUGAGCGAGUGUUACGAGAAGCAGUGGAGAAAAUGUAUGCAGAUGAAGCUAUUCCAAAAUUCCUAAAAGAAGUCAACAUCAAAUGGACCUUCCAGCCAGCCCGGACCCCACAUUUUGGUGGCACGCACGAAUCGCUGGUCCGAUCCACCAAACGAGCCCUGUACAACGCCUUAGAGCAAGAAGGGGAAAAAUUUCGUUACCCAACAGAAGACUUGUUCCGCACAUUGCUGUAUGAAGUAGCUGGACUUCAAAACCCCCGGCCGUUGACCUACGCUAGCUCGGAUCCGGAGGAUUUUCGCCCGCUCACUCCGAACGAUUUCCUAAAUCGGCCGCCGACGUCAUAUCCGCCUGCUGGAUCCUUCGACGAUGCUUCGCCUCGAGAGCACUAUCGCUACCUGCAGCGGGUGCUAAAUUUGUUUUGGAGCAUGUGGAAAACUACGUAUUUGCAGUCGUUAGCUGCAAGAAAGAAGUGGAAGAUCAAGCGUCCAAAUCUGGAAGUGGGCGACGUCGUAUUGGAGAUCAACAAGAACUUCCGGCGUGGAGAGUGGAGUAUUGGACACGUCGCCAAGGUAUUCCCAGGCACAGAUGGAUGUGUUCGAGCUGUCGAUAUUCAACUUCCAACCGGAAUCUUUCGCCGAGGAAUAACUGAACUUUGCCUACUAGAAUCCAGCUCGUCCGUCCAACCGGACUCGGGGGAGAAUGAAUCGGCGAAAUCUGUAUUAUUACAAUCUGGCAACGUCUAA